GGCAUAUUUUCUACAUGCGAAUUUGUGACUAUUUACAUGAAAGUCUGUCGCCAACUAGAAACCCAGCUAGUGAUUAAACUGUGUAAUUGCUCUUACUUUUCCCACCACGUUUAGAGCAGGUGUGGGAGUUUCCCAUGUCCCAGAGACAAGUACAAUAUAGAGUUUACUAAAGCACAGUUGGCAUCAUUUUCACGCUUCAACCACUAAGAGUUAAACGAUCACUCUAAAGAAUCAUGGAGUUGACAUUGGCCGAUGCUCUGCCGAGCUGUUAUUCGGAGAGGAUGGAGUUUGAUGCGGAAUGCUGCCUGUCUGGUGCGAAAUUAAGACAUUUAGCUACACAUUUUUUAUAAAAGAAUGGCAAGCUCUACAAGGAUUAGGGUACACUAGUUGUAGAACAUCAAAAACGUAGGUUGAGUCAGUGUGCUCAUACAUAAAGAGGACCAAUAAGGCACUAUGAUAUUAAAUUGCCUUAAAAGUGGUGGCAUGUUAAAUAGAACAGUCUUUAAAAUCUCUUUGAACUUUUAAAACUGAGUGAUACCUGGGGCAACUCCAGAAAUAUAAAUGAAUAAAUAUAUAUAUUUCUUGACAGAAUUUAUAAAUGUUUUGCUACUUGUAAUCAUUCUGAUUACUUGUAUGUGUGUAGGGUGGACCAGAGAUGGAGCUGCACAAGGGCUUUGACCUGGAGGUUCUCCAGCAGCAUCAGAGUGUGUGAUGGAGCGGGUCCUGGAGCCAGAGGGAGCGGUGGAUAAACAGGCUGAGGGGACCUUCAAGCGACUGGACAGCCCCCAGCAGUGCACCCUGUGUGACAGUUACCAGAAGAGCCUGGUGCACAACACUGAAACCAUGGUGCUACGUGCCGUGGCACUGCGGGGCGGCAUCGACCACCAGAGAGCAAGGUUCAACCUCUCCAUGUAUAAUAUUAAUAUGAAGAACUCCCACACUAUCCAGGCCCAGCCAGUUGCCUUAAGGAUUGCCAGUAGCGACUUCAACUUGUCCUGCUCCAAGCAGACAGACAGCACAGCUCCCAUCCUACAGUUGGAGCGGAGUUCUGACGACCAGUUGAGGACCAUCAGCGCUCAGGGAGACACAGCCCGCUUCCUCUUCUUCAUGACAACCAACGGCCGAGUCGCCCAAGUACCCCGGCUGGUUCAUCAGCACCUCACUGGAGCAACGCCAGCUCGUAGCGAUGUGUCAGAAAGAGGACCUCAGAAAGAUCACCAACUUCUAUGUCAACAACUAAACACGCAACACACACCCAGUCCCAAGAGUGUAUAUACCAAGUACAGCCAGAGAGAGAGAGAUCAGACAGAUGGAUACUGUAGAGGUGUUGAAUUGAUAGACCCUUCUACCACCACACUCUUCGGCUGUCCCCGAAGAGUUCUCCUAUGGGGACAGUUGAAUAACCCUUUUAGGUUCUAGAUAGUGCCUUUUUUUCUGUGCACCAAUGUCUUUUGAAAGUGGUUUGGUUGUAGUGAGUGUGUGAUGUGACCAGCAGGUGGUGCUGUGUGUUCAUUCUCUCUGCAGUGUUGAGUUGUGGCUCAGUAGCCCCAGCUCUCUUUCAGGGACGGCCCAGUUACUACUGAUCACGCUGUUGGCUACAGACAGGAUCAAGAGACCUUGCUCUAGCUUUGCAAAGUUUUCGUCACAGACCGUAAAUGCUCAGUAUUAAAAAAAGUAACUUAAUAUUGAAUUCUUUAUCUUGUGGUUUCAGUACCACCAGCUAAGUACAGUAGAGUAGAAUCAUUAAUUGUCCUCCAAGCAGGACAGUUCUCAUUUGUUUUUAUGUAGUCAACUUUCUGUACUAUUGGGUAAUAUCUAGUUAUGGGAAAAUGUUUUUUAAUGUGUCUGUUUGUGCUCUGACUGAAUGAUCUGCUUCAUAUCAGUGAAGAGGAGAAUUACAACAUAUAUUGUUUUAUUUCCUAUAAGAAAGUUCUUUAUUUUUCCUUGUCUAACAUUGCAAAUGUAAUUUUUCUUUGGAGUAUUAUCCACUGUGAAAUUGUGACAUCAAUGCUAUUUUGUUUAUUUUCUAUAAGAAAGUCAGUUAUCCCUUUUCUACGAUUAUUAUUUAUUUAAAAAGUUAAGCUAAUAUAUUACAUAACAGCUAGCGUCAACUAAUAUGUAAUACACAAUGUUAUUUGUCUUUUUAAAGCAAUACUAAAAAAAAAACAUUUUCAAAGAGUAUAUGAUGUAUUUUGCCAUAUGACGGAAGUAAAGUUAAAAAAUGGUAUUACA